UACUCUAUGGAAUUGCCUUCAGCAAUUCAGCAUUCUGCAUAGUACCGAUUGCUGAGUGAGCGAGUUACUUAGUGCUGAGGUCGAUUGGUAAAAUCUGUUUAAUGUUUGCGUAUUUAGCAUUUUUGUAUUAAAAAUAUCUGCAUGGUAAAUAAACAUGCAUUCAAAAUGUUAAAAUACGGACAAUCAACAGUGGCAGUAAGACGAUAAGUGUUAUACAAGUAUGGUUUGGGAUUGUUAUUCUGACAGUGUAAGGACAAAGUUAUGCUAAUUUACUCCCCAUGUUACCGGGUUUCACCUAUGUACCUGGCGUAAGAAUCAAAAUGUCAGAAGAGAUGGUAAAGUAAGCGGUCGAGAUGGUUCCAUGGGUAGCAUUGUUGCUCCUCGCUCGUGCUUGCUGCCUGCCCGCUCUUGACAUUUCUCAAUGCAUCGCUCCGCUGGGUAUGGAAAGUGGUCUGAUCCCCGACAAAGACAUCACUGCAAGCUCCUCGUUCAACAAUGAUAAUGUCGCACCGCAGAAUGGAAGAUUAAACCAGGAAAUUAAGAGCGGUGCGUGGUGUCCUAAGUCCCAAAUCACGACGGAGUCAACUGAGUGGUUAGAGAUAAAUCUUCACUCUGUUCACGUGAUAACGGCGACAGGAACUCAAGGGCGUUUUGGAAAUUCUCAAGGAGUGGAGUACGCUGAAGAAUAUUCGUUGGAGUAUUGGCGACCAAAGCUUGGCAAAUGGAUGCGCUAUCGACCAGCUGAUGGACGGGAGAUUUUACCCGGUAACACGAAUACGUAUUUAGAAAAGAAAAAUCACUUAGAACCGCCAAUUUGGGCAUCCAAAAUUCGAUUCAUCCCUUCAAGUUCGCAUCGACGCACUGUUUGCAUGCGAGUGGAGCUUUAUGGGUGUUAUUGGAACGUGGGAAUAGUUGCGUAUUCGAUGCCAAAGGGCGACAUACGCAGCAAUGAUGUAGGCCUCACUGACUCGAUAUAUGACGGCCAGUGGGGCGAAGAGCUAAAAGGGGGUUUAGGAAAGUUGGUUGACGGACAAUUUGGUGGGGACGAAAUACGGGAAGCCGCCAAGAACUUAGCUUGGGUUGGCUGGAGGAAUGAUUCAAGACCCACACCACCAGUGAUUACGUUCGAGUUUGAUAAAGUGAGAGAAUUCAGCGCUGUUCAUAUUUUUUGCAAUAACAAAUUCAUGCGGGAUGUACAGGUAUUCUCGGAGGCUAUUAUCUCGUUUUCAAUCGGAGGUCGGCACUUUCAAGACGAGCCCAUUCGGUAUGCAUCAGUGGGCGACAAUAUAUUUGAGAACUCUCGCAACGUGAGCAUCAAAUUGCACCACAGAAUCGGGAAGUGGGUUCGCAUAGAGAUGCGGUUCUCGGCUCGGUGGAUUCUUAUUAGCGAAGUCGUCUUUGAUUCGGACGUCGCCCAAGGGAAUUACACUCCUGAGAGUUCGAAGCCGACUCAAGUCAAAGACAAAACGAAAGCUAUUACAACAAAUAAUGUACCAAUACCCACAGCACAUCAAGACGACCCACUCUAUAUGGCGAUUGUCGUUGGUGUCCUUACAGCUCUAGUGAUAUUACUAAUUGUCGCGGUGUUUCUCAUAAUACACCGACAUAGACAUAGAAAAUGCUUCGCGUCGCCUCUAGCCAAAACAACUAUAGCCCAAAAGAGAGCAGCGCCAGAGAAUUAUAACACUUGUGGAUCUUCGAUGUUGCCUGACAAUAAGAUGAUAAUCGAUUGCGGGUUAGAUGUGAAGUCAGAUGAAUAUCAGGAGCCCUAUCAGGCUUUGAAAUGUGCGCCAUACUUCAGCUAUAGCACGGUGUUGUUAGAGAUGAAGGACUUUGUUAAGGAUUCUAAUACAGCGUUGUCUGACAGUUCAAAUUACGACUACGCAGUACCAGAGCUGUCAUCAGCGCCACUAUUAACAAAGCGUAGAUUGCUCGACGACUCGUCCGCUGCUACUGCGCUCAUGAGCGAUCACGAAAUUGAUAUGGAGACUAGACGCUCGUGUGCAGGAUCACUGCGCUCCAAGCAUAGUACGAGGUCUCCAAGCCAGCAAGAGGUGCUUAUAGAUUUAAAACGACGUCUUGAGACAACGAAUGUUAUUGAAUUUCCUCGACACCGACUUCGAAUGAUUUCUAAGCUGGCUGAAGGGGCUUUUGGCACUGUUUAUGUGGCGGAGGCUGAUGGCGUUCCCGAAUACAAUGGAACUAUUACUUCGGAUCGACGCUUGGUUGCUGUCAAGUUUCUAUGCCAUGACGCCUCGCUCAAGGAGAGGUAUAUCAUGGAGGAGUUUGAGCGUGACGUGCGCAUUUUGGCGGCUUUGUCGUCGCCACACCUGGCAAGAGUAUUGGGCGCCUGCCGAUCACCGCCCUUGGCUGUAGUUCUCGAAUAUCUUGAGCUUGGUGAUUUGUGCUCGUUCCUACGUACGACAGUGCCGCCAUCUCUCGCUACUUUGAUGCACGUUGCAACACAAAUCGCCGCCGGAAUGCAAUAUCUGGAGUCAUUAAACUUCGUGCACAGAGAUUUGGCUGCUCGUAAUUGCCUGGUCGGUAAAGGAUACCAGGUGAAAAUAAGCGAUUUUGGUACGGAUAAUGAAGUGUACGCGUGUGAUUAUUACAAAGUGGAUGGUAGAAUACCACUGCCGUUGAGAUGGGCGCCUUGGGAAUCUGUUUUGAGAGGAAAAUAUACGACUAAGAGUGAUGUAUGGGCGUUUGCUGUUACAUUGCACGAGAUAUUUACUUUAUGCCGCCGGAGGCCCUAUGAACAUUUGACUGAGGCUGAGGUGCUAGAAAAUCUAUCCCAUUUACAAGCGGAUGACGACCUCUUUGAAUGCAUAGAUCGCGCUCCCGGCGUACCUCGUGAUCUCUACGAAGUCAUGACAGAUUGUUGGAGAAGAGACGAAUUGGAAAGACCAACCUUCGCGGAAAUGCACCUAAUUCUACAGCGUAAGUGCCUAGCACUGACUACGUGAUGUUACCACAGAUGUCAUAGAUAACAUUAGGUCGAAUUGGCUCGUAUCCGACUUUUAAGACUGAAACGAUCCAUAGAGAUGUCAAAUGUCAAUAUUAUGCACUGACUAAAUAUUUAGGUUUUGUUUGUUGUAUUAUUUUGAGGAUAACUGUGCGAUCCUUCGUAUCGUAUAUCCCGAUAUUCUAACACGUGAUAAAAAUUUAUGUUUUACAAAAGUAAACCCACCCAAUAUAACCCGACUGAAGUAACCUAAAAUUUUUAAGAUUUUAAGUAUGAAAAUCGUUAAGGCACAUAGAACAAGAAUAUGGUACUUUUUAUUUUGUGAUAUUAGUAAUUUGAGGUGCAAUUUGUUUAAACAAUGUCGACAUUUCAUAUCUUAUGUAUUUGUAUGAGUUUAAUGUGAAAGGAAUUUUCCAUUUGUCGAAGAGAUCUCUUAAUUAUCCCCACGACAUAUUAUCAUUCGUAAUUACGAAACAGAUUGAAGACUCUCCGGUCUCUAUAAAAACCGGAUUUUAAAACCUUAAAUGGGUGUCUAUGGAAAUGGUAGAACCGUAAAGAACAUUCUAGAUAAUUCAAUCGAACGAGAAGUGUUUAUAAGUAGUUCGUUGUCGGCUCAUUCGUUUCUUUAAAAUGUAGUCAAUUAAAAGUUAAGUAUUGCGAACCCUACAAAUAUGAAUUGCAGGUUUUAGGUCGGUUGCGGCAACGAAUUGAUAUUUCUAGAAUUAUUAAAUUUUCUCUGCGAUUCACAUUUUAUAGGAUUAAACUAUUGUCGAAAUUAAUCCCAUGAAAUGUGUAUUAUAACAGCUUCUAUUUCUUCCUUUUGGAGAGUGUUAGUAUUUAUUAAAUUUCGUUUAAGUAAUCAAGUAGUUUUCAAUUUGGCCUAGAGAAAUGGCUGAUUGUAGAAAUAAUGUAGGCACGUUUUUUCAUCGAUUCACCGCCGAUGUUCGCGCACAUAAACGCAUGGUCAUAUUCAGUUCUGCUAUACUUUCAAUUAUCAUGUUAGUAUUAGAUGAUAUUCUGUACUUGAAGAUAGGGAUUGGCAUUUUACUGUCACUCUAAGGUUUAUGAAUUAUGGGACUACUAUUGAAUGAAACUGUCGACCGCUGUGAAUAAUGAAUAUGCUGUAGUCGUAGAAUACAUUGGUUUCUAAGCAUUUCAUGAAAUGGCUAAGGCUGGUCAUGUUACCUUAAAGUCUAUAUAUUUUGGAAGUGUGUUUAUUGCAUUAUAAAUUAACCUAUAUUUUUAGUUUUUUUACUAUUUUUUUAUUUCUACUUUGUAUACCAAAACCAAACUUGUCGAUUCAAUUAUAAAAUUCGUACUGUUUUAUUUCAUCGCAAUGACCGUAUCUAUUUUUCCUGAUCAUUUUAUGCAAUAUAACUCUCAAUACACUCUACGAUGAAGCCACGAUAUAAAUCCCCAACGACUUUUUAUUAGCGGCGCUGAUAAAAGUGCAUUUGGAAAAAAAAUUUAACCUUUUUAUCAAGAUCCUUUAAUAUUCAAUACAAAAUUGUAAUAACUAUUCAUUGAAAUUUAUAACUUAUUAAAGCCCUCUUUAUUUAAAAACUAAAUCAGUCUGAUUGAUCACUUUUAAAGUACUCUUUUGUCUCUUUUUAUCUAAUGUUUUCUACGUUGUGACGAAAAGAGACCGAUGCAUACUAUAGAUAAAACCAAUAUGCCAAUCCCUAUCUUACAGUUAAAUAAGUAACGUAGACGCUUCUAUAACUUAGACUAAGAUUCAGAGAUGACUUAGCGCAAACUAUCACUCUCCCCUGAUUAUUUUGACAGAUUUUAUGGUUUAGACAUAUCUAUCUAUCUCUGAAUCUUUGUCUCUAAGAUAAUUUACAAGAGCUUAUAUUUCAGUGUCGUGUGCGUGUUGAAAUAUGAAUUAAAUUGUAAAUCUAACUGUAAAUCGACUUUCACGAGUGAGCUACGUUUAAUAGACAUAAGAAAUCCGAUCUUCCUCCGCCAAUAAUAGGGUAAUAGUCCGCUUUACUCUUUACAAAUGUAUAAUAGUGGUAACCAUACUAUAAGAUUACCUCGAAGUAAAAUGUACUUAAAGCAAUAGAAAAAUUAAGGGUAUAAAAAUUCUAAUAAAACAAACGUAUAUUGAAAUGUUUAUUCAUAACUGAAUUGAAUUAAUCUAUCUGUUUUCGCUACAUAUCUUUAUAAAUUCGAUAUUUUGAAAUUUACGCCCCGUUUUGAUGCGAUCUUCGUAGUAAACACUUGCUUCAAACGGCUCUUGUUAACUUGCCGGAAACAACUAAAUUCGUAAUUUCUAUUCGCAUCGCCAUCUAGUUACCAUGUUAUGAUAGUAAUUUAUUUUCAUGUAAUAAUUUAAACCAUAUUUUAUUAUAUUAGUCACUAGAUAUAGAAUCAGACUAUAAAAGAAUAGGUAUAAAAUAUUAGAAAGUAUUUAUAUAGUUGACAGUUGUCUAUUUUCCGUAGUUUACCGUGUUAAAGUUAGUGUUGACAAUCUUCGACAAUAUUUUGAGCGAUUAGAUAGGGUGUAACUUUUUAUCGAGAUUAGAAUAAUUACGUUCGCAUAUGUACUGAAUAUUAUGGUGUAAGUAGAUAAUCUCAUCACUGGCGAUUGUAUUCGGGCUACGCGAAAUUUAUAAAGCUUUAUUUAUUUAGCUCAGCCAGUAAGAUAACUUAAAUUUUCUACAUUAUUAACGUACGACUUAGCGGUAAAUUUCGUUUCUGACCCUCAGAAUGUAUGGAGACCAUAUAAUGAUAAAUACUUGUCUUUACCUAUUGAAUAUCCCAGCAAUACUUGUUUAACUAUCCCGAGUGAUCGCUAGAGUGAAGAUUAUGUAAAAAUAGGAUAUCACAUAGGUGUUACGACCGUGGACCGAACGGCUUAAUUUUAAGAGCCUAAUUUAGCAUUUGAAUGUAAUUAUCAUAGAUAUAAGUGAUGUUUGCAAUGUAGAGUUUUCACUAUUUGUACACAGACGGAACCAAUGUACUAGGCUUAGCGAACACUUAAGAGAUCUAAUUAUAUUCUAAGAAAGUAGGAAGACUUAAAUUACGCAUUUACUCAAUCUGGCCUUACUUUCUUGAACUAGCUUAUAGUCUUGUGAUGAGAAAUCUCGUGUCUCAUUCCUUAGUGCUAUAUCUAUUAUAGUUAAUGUUAGGCCCCUAAUAAUAAUAAUAAUGUACAAUAAACACCCUCUCUGCCUUAGUGAUGCUGUUUUUACCCCUAUGCUAUGAAAUAUCACAUUAGAUUGAAAUUAUUAUGUAUCUUGUAAAUACGAAUUCUAAUGGCUGGUGUAUAAUAAUGAGCACUAUGGAAAACUUUAAUUCCUAACAAUGGUCCAAACUUCACUCGCUUUUUUAUUUGUACUAUACGAUUAUACAAUUUCUAUAUAGAUAAAUAAUAAUUAGUAUAGUGUUAAUGUCUUAUGCUUUAAUAUUAUUUUAUAAAUGUAAAUCAUGUAUUUGACAAAAUGCUUAAUUUUCAUAAUCGAAUUUUAUGAUGAAAGGUUGAUACCAAAUGCAGUAUUUUUAUUUUAUAUUCUACAUCUUUGUACCCAAAUAAAAGCAAUAAUCUUA